AUGUCGGGAUCAGUUUUAAAAUGGUUUUCAUCCUACCUGUCAGCUAUCAAGACAUAUUUGCGUCUGUUACUGGAGUGUCUGAAAUACCAGAUGACAAGGCCUGACUCACAGAAACAAGCUCUUCUCACCAUCUUCUCCAUCUGCCAAAAAAACAGUCAGUAUGUGGAGUUCUUCAGAGAGAUUGGUGGAAUUUCAUUCAUCUAUAACCUGUCAAAGUCCAGCUCUUACUCUGAGGUUAAAGAGACUGCUCUUUUUACUCUUGCUUCCUUCGCUGAAUUGCAUGAGAGCUGUAAACAGACCUUGUGCAGGGAGGAAACAUUUUGUGACUUGGCAGUGCAUUUGAAGCAGGAAAUGCCUCUGACACAGAAAAGAGUGGCAGUUUACAUGCUUUCUGUACUGGUUGCCAACAACAGACGAGGGCAGACUUUUGCAAAGACCUCCAGUUGUAUUGAAACCUUGCUCAGUUUGUUCAGGCAUAGUUUUCCAGGGGCUAAUGACUGUUCUGAGCAGCUGCAGUUUUGGGCCACUGUAUCCAGUGCUCUCUGUGGCUCUGUUAACAACCCUCAGAAUGAGGAGAAUCAGAAUGUAUGUAUGCGUGCGUUUCCCCUGGUGAAGACGUGGCUGCAGGAAGUGACAUUGGCCAGGGUAGAGUUGGCACAGCCUGUUUGCUCAUUUAUUGGCAUGACCGUGGCAAACAAUUUCUGUGCUCAGGAGUAUUUUGUGUCCAUGGGAGGCCUGGAUUCACUCUCAAGCACUCUUACCAGAGUUUUGCCUCAGUCGGCACACAGUGCUACUGCCUGUAAGAUGGCAACAAUAAUUAUUAAAACACUGUCUGCCUGCAUCUCCAACAAUGAGCGGUUGGUAUCUUUUCUGUCAAACUUGAGGAUUAUUCCAGGGCUACUGUGUCUGUUGUCCAGCCCAAUCCUCGUUCCACAAGACCAGCUUGCUGUGGUGUUGACAAUUGGACACCUCACGGAUGCCUGUGUGAAGCAUCAGUCCCAGUUGUUGUUGGCGGGAGGUUUGCCUCUGAUGAUCUCUCUGCUCACUGAGGCCUGUGACGAGGAGGUCAGGAAGGCAGCCAUGUUCGUACUGCACACAUGCAAGAAAAUCACUGAAUCAUUAGGCAGAGGCGUGCCAGUUCAGGAUGAAGUGGAGUCUGAUAUUGAGCGAUACAGAGAGUCUGCCAGAGAAAUCCUCCAAAGAAUACAGCAACUAGAGAAAAAGAUUGGCGAGAAACAGUGGGAUAGAGGUACAGAGAGCCAGCGGCACAGCAUGCAGAGGUCGGCCUCUUCUGUGGAAUGUAAUGAGGAAUGGUGGGAGGACUCUGUGAUUCGGAAAGUCAAAGUUCGUCAUCGAGUAUGUGAGGAGUUGCUCACAACCUCGCCAGGAACUCCAGAUCAACCAAUCACAAGUCAAAGACCAUACAUCCAAGAGAGCUUGGUGAGCAUCAUCUCUGAAGAGUGUUUGAGUCCCUCCCAAGUCCCUUUCUUUCAAGACUCCAUCCUGGGACAGGGCAUAGAGAGAGAGCAAGAACAAUUGAGAGAGAAUAAGCAGUCAUCAGAGAGGAUAAUUGAAAGGUGCAAUGACCUGGAGACGAGGAGAGGAGGAUAUUCAAAUAAGAUCGAUGUGGGGGAGAAGAGGAAAAUGAGGUCUGAAAGAGUGGUGAAGAGAUUGAAGAUGAUGGCGCUAGUGAACCAAGACUCUGAAAAUGAACGGCAUAAAUGCAAUACACCAACAGGGGACAGCAGAGAUACAGGGGGCCCACAUAUUUUCAGACAUCCUGAUCCCAUGAAGAGAGGCCAGUGCAUACAGACACACUCUAAUGAUGAGAUCUCUUUGUGUUCUGAGCUGUUGGACAAGGAAAUUAAGAGGUUUUUGAAGCCCCUAUCCACCUCUACACCUGGUAACUUGCGAUGUGCAGGUUGCAUGAAUGGUAUGCAUGAGGUGGACAGUCGUUUGUUUGGUGCAGUGAUGCAUUGCUGCAGGUAUAAGUGUGACUUUCACCUGGUGCUUCUUGAGGUUGAGAAUCGCUUCAGGAGAAGCCAGCAGUUAGUGAGGGCUAGCCACAGUGAAACACACGCACAUAUCAACACGCAUGGCAAAAGCAGAGAGCACAACUCAUGCACCAAUGUGGAGAAAGAGAGGGAAAGCCACGGGCUGAGUCACCAUUUCCAAGAUGGAUUUUUAAGCCUCACACCCCUCAGAAGACCGUGUGAAGCAAAGGGAUCAAACAUGGAAAAGAAAACCAUUUACAGAAAUCUCGAGAAAAUGUUCGAAGCACGUGUCCACAACAAUUCUUCAGGAAAACACAGAGAAAGGAGGAACUGGACUGCCGAUGAACUGCUGUACCUCAGUGAGGGUGUGACGCGUUUUGGUCACUCCUGGAACUCCAUCCUCUGGGCAUAUCCCUUCCAGCCAGGACGCACCAAUGUAGACCUGGCUAAGAAAUACCAACGCAUGCAGAAAGCGAAAGCUCAAGGUAUAGAUCUGUAUGAUACAGCAAACCUGUAA